AUCAAGGAAUGACCCAUUUUUCGGCAGAUCCUCAUGAGGCCCUGUCUCAGCUGUCUGUCAUCCAUGGCUGGGAGCUGGGGAGGUGGGAGCUCCCAAGCCAUAAAAGCGUCUGCGAGGGCGCCAAGGGCGGCUGAUUCCUCAAGUCAUGAUGGGGAAUGCGCAACAAGCAAGGAUUCCCAGCACAUGGGGCUCCGGAGUCACUCAAUGUCCUCCUCCGUUCUCCGUUUUGUUCUCGCGAGUGUCGCGACUGGACACUUGGACUGAUGCCGAUGGGACUCCUCAUCUGAUUCGAUUCGGAUUCUGUUCUUCCUCCUCGUCAGUCGUCCUGGGGCAAUCCCCACGAACGAACGGUACCACGGGCCCCGAGCAAGCAGCACAAAAACACCCCACCUUUUGCGAGAUGCACCUUGACGGCUGGACUGGGACUUUUUCAACACCCACCCGCCCACCUUUCCUUCCCUUGCUUCAUUUCUUUUACCCCGCGGGAGGAUCUCUUCCUACCUCGCUCGCUCGGCGGAUCUGGACAGCCUCCUCUUUGUUGAUUUUGGGGUUUUUUUUUUCUCUGCCUCUUCUCCUCUCCUCCCUGCGCCCCAGCCCCAAGUUACACACACAUACACGGCUGGAUUCUCAAUGGCUAUGAUACGCCAAUUCGAAUCCGCUCACCGCUCAUCUCGCUAGAUGUAUGCCACAGACAAUAUUCCGCGAUGGAUGGUGAAAGAGGGUGGUGGGAAGUGCCCCUCCGAAUGCGUAUCGUCCCAUAUGUGAGGGUGUAAAGAGCAUGGUAGAGGAUGGAUGGUUGAGUGUGGGUGCCGGGCAGCAUCUGGAUGUUUUGGCGAAGU